CAAUUAAAAAAUUUAGAAAAUAACCAUGGAUGACGAGGCUGAAACCUACAAACUAUGGCGCAUUCGCAAGACCAUAAUGCAACUGAGUCACGAUCGUGGAUAUUUGGUGACGCAGGACGAAUUGGACCAGACGCUAGAGCAGUUUAAAGACAUGUUUGGCGACAAGCCAAGCGAAAAGAGGCCGGCGAGGUCCGACCUGAUUGUACUGGUGGCCCACAACGACGAUCCCACUGAUCAGAUGUUCGUCUUUUUCCCGGAGGAGCCGAAGAUUGGCAUCAAGACGAUCAAAACCUAUUGCACCCGUAUGCAGGAAGAGAACAUUCAUAGAGCAAUCGUUGUGGUCCAGGGCGGUAUGACACCCUCGGCCAAGCAAUCGCUCGUGGACAUGGCACCCAAGUACAUUCUGGAACAGUUUCUGGAGUCUGAGCUGCUAAUCAACAUCACUGAACACGAACUGGUGCCGGAGCAUGUGGUGAUGACGGUGGAGGAGAAACAGGAGCUGCUCAGUCGCUACAAGCUGAAGGAGAACAUGUUGAUGCGCAUUCAGGCCGGCGAUCCAGUGGCUCGCUAUUUCGGCCUUAAGCGUGGUCAGGUGGUGAAGAUCAUCCGUUCCUCGGAAACAGCCGGUAGAUACAUCUCCUACCGCCUCGUCUGCUGAGAUAUGUCGUCGAGUGACGCCUAUAUAUAUUUUAAUUAAGAUUAAGAAACAAAUAAAAUACAAUCCGAGU